CCACAGCGACCGGAAGUUAUGAACGAAAAGUACCCGCGAAUUUAUUAUUCCUGAUUCRGUUUAGCGGCAGUCAGAAGAGGAAAAUGAAGGUGGUGACAUGUGAGAUAGCUUGGCACAACAAGGAGCCGAUCUACAGUCUGGACUUUCAGCACARCUCAGAUGGACGCUUUCACAGACUGGCCACAGCUGGAGUGGACACCACUGUCAGAAUGUGGCGAGUAGAUACUGGUCCAGAUGGGAAGGCAGAGGUGGACUUUCUGUCUAACUUGACCAGACAUACGAAGGCCGUCAAUGUGGUCCGGUUUAGCCCUGUUGGAGAUUUCCUUGCUUCAGGGGGAGAUGAUUCUGCAAUUUUUUUGUGGAGGCUCAAUGACAAUAAGGAGCCUGAGCAGGCUUCUGUCUUCCUGGAGGAUGAAGAGUCUCAGCUCAACAAAGAGAGCUGGUCUGUAGUGAAAACACUGAGAGGGCACWUAGAGGACGUGUAUGACAUCUGCUGGACACGAGACGGUAACUGCAUGAUUUCAGGAUCUGUUGACAACACUGCGAUUAUGUGGGACAUCAACAAAGGACAGAAGUGUAUCGUGAUUGACCACAAAAGCUACGUUCAGGGGGUGGCUUGGGAUCCUCUGGGCCAAUAUGUGGCCACUCUCAGCUGUGACAGGAUGAUGCGUGUGUACAACACUCACACAAAGAAGAAGGCAUUUUGUGUCAGUAAAAUGAGCUCCACUUCACUUACAGAAGGAGAGACCAAGCAGUACAGGAUGUUCCACGAUGACAGUAUGAGGUCGUUCUUUCGCCGUCUUUCGUUCACACCUGAUGGGUCAUUCCUGCUCGCUCCAUCUGGGUGUGUGGAGAUUGGAGAAAAUGUUGUAAGCACCACUUACAUCUUUUCCAGAAAAAGUCUAAAGAGACCCAUCGCCCACUUGCCAUGUCCGACUAAAGCCACUCUGGCUGUGCGCUGCUGCCCCGUCUACUUUGAACUCAGGACCAAAAAGGGAGAAGAUGGUUCGGCCCAGGCUCUUCCCAAUUUGUUCCAGUUGCCGUACCGCAUGGUGUUUGCAGUGGCCUCAGAGGACUCCAUCUUCUUGUACGAUACACAGCAGAGCAUUCCAUUUGGCCUGGUGUCAAACAUCCACUACCACACACUCAGCGAUCUGACAUGGUCUGGUGAUGGUUCCUUCCUGGCYGUCUCCUCCACAGACGGUUACUGCUCCUUCCUGUCUUUUUCUCCAGGAGAGCUAGGCACUCCAUUAAAGGAGCCUCCCACCCUGGAGAUCUUUGUACCAAACAAUGGUUCUGACAAAAAAGGAAAGAAGUCAUCAGUGACUAAGAACCCCUCUCCCGUGUCCCGGCCACCGAGCUCAACCCCAAGUCCCACAUCUCAGUCUAACUGUGCCACCCCAGCAGAGGAAAAGAAGAGCACCCCUAAAACCAAAUCCAAGCCUCAGCCCCGUAGGAUCACCCUCAACACCCUGGAGGGCUGGGGAAAGCCUGCGAGCUCUAAAACUCCUUCAACAUCUCAGACCACGGUUCCUGGCAGUGCACCUUCUACCUCUCAGCCACAUCUGACUCCCCUCACCCCUACAAACCAGCCCUGUGUUGCACCACUUACCCCCUCCACACCAAAAGUCCUGAACAGUGUCAAUUCUCCUGGGCCCACUACUCCCAAGGCUUCAACCACCCCAAAAGGACCCACCCCGAGGAGAGUGUCUCUGACUCCUCUUGCAUCUCCAGCUCCAGCGGUUUGUUCACUUUUCAAAACUCGGCCCUCCACAGACAAAGCCAAACACGAGCGGCCCUCUCCUCCCACUGAUCCAUUGUGCCUGCCUCCAGAAUCCAAACGCACCAAAACCAGCGGCGACUCGCCAAACACUGGUGUCAAAGAGGAUUAGUACCGGUAGCAGAGCAGCUGUGGUUAAACUUCAGCAGAAAACCAUGAUGACUGGAUCAGUUUGACAGAAUUGCAUUUGUGCUGAUCUUGUAUUACAGUCAGUGCUCGUGGUUUUGCUUUUAUUUCUGUUUUUUAUCUUAAAAUGAAAGAGUUAAAUCCUUGUCGUAUACUUCAGAUUUGUGUUAAAGUUUGAGUGCUGUUGUAAAGCUUAAAAUACGAGGAUAAAUCUGAAGCUAACUGCGAACUUCAAGAGCUUGUGGUUUCUGAGGUUUGAACCUAUAACAUGUGUAUUAAAUGUUUAGAAUGAAAUAGUUUGUAUCUGCUCACUUUUAUAUAAUGUUUUGUGAACAAAUAAAAAAAACUUAAACUUUA